UAGUCCUAGAGAUCUCUCAGUGCAUGUAAUCCCCCAAGAGCACACAAGGAGAACCCCAAAUGCCAUCCCAGAAAGCCCACCCCAGCCAACGAAGGAGAGACUCAAGUGGCCUAAGAUGUGUGAUACCAAAGAGUGGUCCAUGCUCGAUGAAGAUCUGGACAAGGUGCUUGAGGCAGCUCAAGCAGGAUCAGCAGAAAGAAAGGAGGAUUCACUGACAGCCAUCACCUAUAGCUUGGCAAAAGAACGGUUUGGAACAGUGCCAAGGAGAGAGAACAAAGGCAGACGAGAAAAUCAGGAGAAUAGAAGAGAAAGAAAGAUCAAACAACUUAGGAAGGAGAUUAAAACCCUGAAGAAGCAAUUCAAAUUGGCAAGCACAGAAGAAAAGGAAGGAAUAAAAGAACUGACAGCCAACCUCCGCGAGCAGCUCAUCAGAGCAAGAAGAGCGGAGGGGUUAAGGCAGAGGCGAAAAAAACAGGAAGCUGCACGAGCCCAGUUUAUAAAAGACCCCUACACCAAAUCACUUUUGGGAGAGGCGAGGUCUGGGACUUUAACAAGUUCCAAGGAGGAGGUGGAGGAGUUUGUUGAAGAGUCAUUCAGUGACCCAUCAAGAAACAACGCCUUAGCAGAAGAUCACGGGCUCGGCACCAUCGAUCCACCAACAACAUCCCUAAACAUAGAUUUUCCAUCAUGGAGAGAGGUUCAAGAGGUCGUCAAGCAUGCUAGAUCAUCUUCGGCCCCAGGUCCCAGCGGUAUACCUUACAAAGUAUACAAGAGAUGCCCCAAGCUCCUCCGAAGGCUGUGGAAGCUUAUGCGGGUAAUCUGGUCCAAAGGAACCGUCCCAACAAGCUGGCGAAGGGCAGAAGGAUGCUUUGUGCCAAAAGAACGGGGAUCCACACAGAUCAACCAGUUUCGAACCAUUUCCCUGCUCAGUGUGGAGGGUAAGAUCUUCUUUUCCGUGCUUGCCAGAAGAAUGAGCACGUAUAUGUGCCAGAAUGGAUAUAUUGACACCUCUAUCCAGAAGGGCGCGAUCGAAGGGUUCUCCGGGUGCUUGGAGCACACGGGGGUCCUCAGCCAACUUAUCCAAGAAGCAAAGGAGAAGAAAGGGAACCUAACAGUUGCCUGGCUUGAUUUUGCUAACGCAUACGGGUCUAUCCCCCAUAACUUGAUUCAAGUGGCUAUGGACCAUUACCACAUCCCACAUCACAUCCAGGGCAUGAUCACCGGCUACUUGGGAGACAUCAAGCUACGAUUCCAGUCAGCCAUGUUUACAACAAAGUGGCAGCCAGUGGAGAAGGGAAUAGUAACCGGGUGUACCAUCUCUCCCAUCUUGUUCGUCAUGGGAAUGAACCUGAUCAUCACCGCAGCGAGUACAAAGUCAAGAGGACCGAAGACUGCUGCAGGAAGCCAACAGCCAGUGAUCAGGGCAUUCAUGGAUGACCUUACCGUCAUAACACCAACCCAUGUACAGGCAAGAUGGGUCCUGGCGGAACUAGAACGUAUGGCCACUUGGGCGAAGAUGAUCUUUAAGCCCAAGAAAUCAAGAUGUCUGGUGAUCCAAAAGGGCAAAACAACUGAGAAGUUCAAGCUACUUGUUCAAGGGGAAGUGAUCCCGAACAUCCAGGGGAACCCUAUUAAAUGCCUUGGGAAGUGGUAUGAUGAUUCCCUGUCAGACAAAAACAGCAUCUCCAGCACUUUAAAACAAGUUGAAGAAUGGCUGAACAAAAUUGACAAGUCUGGCCUGCCUGGGAAAUAUAAGUGCUGGAUCUACCAACAUGGCCUACUCCAAAGACUUAUGUGGCUUCUCACCAUCUACGAAGUGCCAAUAACAUCAGUUGAAGGGAUGGAGAGGAAGUUCAACAAGCACCUUCGAAGAUGGUUGGGAAUACCCCCCAGUUUUACAUCAGUGGGGCUCUACAUAAGGUCGGGUCAGCUCCAGCUCCCCCUGUCCUCAGUUGUGGAGGAGUUUAAAGUUGCCAAGUGUAGACUUUCCCUCACAUAUAGGGACUCCGAAGACCAACUCACCAGGGAAGCAGGAAUAAGAACAAGAUCCGGCAGGAAGUGGGCCGCCAGCACUGCAGUUAACCAGGCAGAAUCUUCUCUGAGGACCAAAGAUACCAUCGGGAACCUUUGCACUGGAAGGCAGGGUCUAGGAACAUCCCAUUUCCAGCAGUGGUCAAAGUCCACUCCCAGGGAAAAGAGGACCAUGAUCCAGGAUGAAGUCCGAAACCUUGAGGAAGAAGGAAGAAGAGCUAAAUCCAUCGAGCUCGCAACUCAAGGUGCCUGGACAAGGUGGAACCUUCCCAAAAGAACCAUCACGUGGAGUGAGAUGUGGCGGUUGGAGCCGUUCCGUAUCUCCUUUAUGCUCCGAGCAGUGUACGACACCCUACCGACCCCAGUCAACUUGCACAGGUGGGGAAUGAGGGAGGACCCACUGUGCAGGUUGUGUGGCGGUAAAGGAACCAUGGCGCACAUCCUAUCGGGGUGCAAAACAGCAUUGACCCAGGGGAGGUAUAGGUGGCGCCAUGACAAGGUGUUGGCACAGCUCGCAGACACCCUGGAGCAAGAGAGGAGAAAGAAACGUCCAGCCAAAACUAAGCCACUGUUGAGUACCAUCGCCUUUGUAAAAGAGGGUCAGAGACCAGCCGUCCAAAGCCAAGCCAAGCAGAAUCUCCUGCAGUCAGCCCAGGGAUGGGUUUUGGAGGUCGAUCUGGGGAGGAAACUCCACUUCCCAGAGGCGGUACUGUCCACAACCCUGAGACCAGACAUCAUCAUGUGGUCUAGAGGGAAGAAGAUCAUCCUGGUGGAACUAACAGUCCCGUGGGAAGAGAACUGUGAGGAGGCGGCAGAGAGAAAGAAAAUGAAGUACCAACAACUUGUCCAGGACUGCCGGGACAAGGGGUGGACAACAUGGCUGAUGACAGUGGAAGUGGGUUGUCGAGGAUUCCCAGCUCAAUCAGCCUGGAAUCUGAUGACAAGGGUUGGACUAAGAGGCCACCUGAGGAAAACAGCCGUUCGUAGGUUGGGAGAAGCGGCAGAGAGAGCCUCCUGUUGGCUCUGGCAUAAGAGAGAGGACACUAGCUGGAAGCCUGGAGGAGGGGGGCAGUGACUUGGCCAAGCACUGCUGACCCGCCAACUGGAGAGUGUUGUGGUUAAGGGUUGAAACACUCUAAGAAGGUUGGGGACCACCUGAUGACCCCUCCUCCAGGCCAAGGCUUCAUCCAUUAGAAAUGGAUUGAAAAUUGCAUCUUUGAUGUAUUACA